CGUAUUUGUGUUUGCAUAGUAAAACGUUUCACACUUGUAUCAGAUCGCAUGAUGGAAGAGUUUUCUCAAGUCAGACGGUAAAUAUUAUUGCUCAGAUAUCCUACAUUGACAUUCUAUUUACCAGACGUCUGAAUAUUUAAAUAGUCUGUGUAAUCUAACAGACAAUUAUUAUAUAAAUUAGAAAAAAGUUUUAUCCAUAAUACAUUAAAAAUGUUCUUUGAUAACAGAAUGAUUUUGCAUCUAGUGCUCGUUUCAGCCUUAGUUGCUAUAGCGAGUGCUCAGCUAUGUAUUGUUAACCCUCCAGCUCUUCCACUUGACGUCGAGCAGUUCAGUGGCGCAUGGUAUGCUCAACACCGUUUUGGGACGCCUUUUGUGACCCCAGGAUGCUUCAGGGCGAACUACUCAGCAGCUGCUGACAAUGGCUUCACAUGUGCUUUUGAAUACAAAGACAGGCAAAGCCAAACUCAAGUGGUGCCCAUUGUGUUUGAACCAACGGACCAGAAUCGCUACGUAUUCUCAUCCAACGGAACAAGUAAGUCUAACCGCGAAUUUGGUUUAAGGUCCAUUUGAACAAGGGGUCUACCGCUUCUACUACGACAUCUGCAACAUUUCGUUUAAGCAAACGUGCCGAUGCAAAUGCCAAGAAUGAAAUGGUCUGGAAGAUUCUGUGGCACAUGUUGCGCGCCAGAGUUAGUUUGCACAGUUUUGAUCGUCUUUGGCACAUGAAAUGUACCAUUUUGCGGACUCAAAAAACAGUAUAUCCUGAAUGUUGGGACUUUCCUUCUAAGCUAAUUUGCGGCAAAAGAACGCCAAAACCGUUGAUGAAAAAUACUCUCAACUAUUCAUUUGGUAAGGAAUUUUAAAUCACACUUUCAGAAGUCCUCUACUUUGGGGACAUUUAAAAAGUAAAGUUUUUAGUACAAAGCCAGAUCCCGUUCAAGAUCUUUGUUAGCGGAUUACGGCUGAAUGGAUACCACUUUCAGCACUUACUACCACAUUGACCUACAUCUUUAUAGCAAAC